GAGCCCACAGCAGAAGCACCGGAGUCCUCAGUCACCAUGAACAUCUUCCUCCUCUCCGCUCUCUGCCUCUGUGGACUGACCACUCUGGUUGGCAGCAUCACAGUUCAGGAUGGGGACUUCUCCUACCCGCUGGAAUCUGUGAAGAAACUCAAGGACCUGAAACAGAGCGGGAUGAGGUUCCGGAGGGUCCAGGACUAUGAUGUCUACUUGUGCAACAACCCGGAUUUUCCCAAGGACCUGAAACCCAUCUGUGCCCAAUCUGACGCCGCAGAGGUUUUCCAAAGACUGGGAGCCAUCGCUGAGGACUCGCACUCGUGUGAGAUCUGUGCCUUCGCCGCCUGUGCGGGCUGUUAGCCGCGGAACUGUGGCUGGAUUCUCGCCCCUUCCGCGCUGCUUCUGCCCCUCCUGUCCCUUCUGGGCCACCACCUCUACCCCUUGUCUGCAGUUCACCUCAGGAGUCGUGGCGAGGCGGGCUCACGUGUCCCAGCCAGUGACCCUCAGCUCUGGAUGCCAUCCCCAUCACUUAGGGAAUCACGGCCGAGGCAGAGGGCAGGGUUGGGGUCCGGGGGAGGGGAGGAGAAAUGGGCUAGCACCCAGUGCCUUGGAUUGGAUCUUUGACUCACCUACUUCGUAAAUAAAAGCAGCUUCUCCAUUA